AUGAAAACCAGUUUCGUCACUGUGUUUCUUUUUACUGCGGUAAUCUUCGAAAUAAAUGCAGAUCCUUUCGUAUUUUUUCCUCAACAUCUGUUACCUCCGAUUGGUACAACAUUCAAUUUCACUUUCGAUGGUUCAUUGAGCACAAUACAUGUCUCGGGAGUCUAUAGUAUACAAGCAGUCACAGGUCCAGAUAUGAAAACCAUUAUUGGCUAUCGCAAUUGGCAAUCGUAUUCAGGUGGAUAUAGUGCGAUAUUCUAUGGAGUCUCCUAUUUGAAUGGGACCUAUCUCCAAGCACUUGUAGAUCCCAAUACACAAGAAUGUAUUAAUGUUUUUUCUGAAAUAAUGGAUUGUACUAAUUGGCUAAAUACUGGAAUUGUUAAUUGGGAUAGUCGAUGUUCAUUCGUUCGCGUUGAUUCGCCGAUUUCUGGCGCUAUGACUCUGACGAUAGUUGUAUCGACAUCUGAUUUAAUGCGUCCUGCGAACUUCAGCGGAACAACAACGAUGACUGGUUCACCUGAUAAAGUAACAAUAGCGUAUCAAUUUUUAUCAAAAACUGAAGAGAAAAAUUUUCCAUACAUAAAAUGUUACUUUUAA